AUGGAUGAAAUAAAAUUAGUGGAAUCGGAUGAUGAGUUAUAGUAUUAACCAUAGGUAUUAAAAACAUAAAAACAACAUCAACCAAAGAGUGUUUAAGAAAUGAGAGAGCAAUUCAGAUUGUAAAUAAGGAAGGAAAGAAUAGAGGAAUAAUUGGAGAAGAAAAGAAUGUGGUUUAUACCGAAAUAGAGAUUAUAAAGUUCUCAAUUGAAUCUUUCAAUUAAUAAUUUAUUCAAUGAAUUGAAGAAUGUAUAUGCUAAAAAAGAAAUGAAUGAAAUUUCAUAGAAAUUACAUUUAAUUGCAAAUAUUAUAGAUGACCGUAAUCGAAUUCAUAGUUUGUAUUUAACUUAGAGAAAUUUCUUAUAAUUCAAAGAUUUAUUGAAUGAUGAAUCAUACUAUAUUGAUACAUAUACAAUUUAUUUGUAAUUGACUUAAGAUGAUGAAUAUUUUUAAUUACCAAUUGAAGAUAUUCAAUGGUCUAUUGAAAAAUCUUUAGAACUGCUAGUGGAAAAUAAACAAAUAGAUGAUUUAGCUAAUCUAAUACUAGGAUAUUUAGGAAAUGUCUCAAGUAAAUUAUUAUAGAUUCAACAUUAUUUGUUAAGUAAAAAUACUAUCGAAAUAUUAUGCUAAUUAAUGAAAGAGUCUUUAUUGCAUAAUGUUUGUUAUUUAAUAUAAACUUUGUGUAGUAACAUUCCUGAAUAAUAUAAACCUUAAUUAAUAGUGAUUAUGAAGCAUUUAAAGAUUAAUAAAAGUUAAGAAAUACUGUAAACUUUAUUUAUCAUUAAUAAAUAGUGUGAUUUAUAUGAUAAGGAAAUUAAUUAUUUUGAAAUAUUUCAAUUACUCUUUUAUUAUUUGAAUGAAUAUCUUACUAAUGAAAAUGACUUUGAAUCAUUCUAUUCUGCUCUGCUCUAAAUGAAAUACUUAUCAGAUUUUCAGCAAUUGUAUGCUAUCUUCCAAUAAUUUUCCAUCUUAGAAAUCAUUAACAAACUUAUUAAUUACAAAUACUAAAAGAUACGAACAGCUGUCUUAUAUAUUUUAUAAAACAUAUGUAAAUAAGGCCAUAAUGUAAUUUAACAAAUAUUUGCAUAAUAAGAACUAAUUAAAAAACUAAUCAAUAUCUUGACAACAGAUAAACCAAUUAAUUAAUCUCUUGUAAUAAGAUCUAUUCAACAUAUUUUAAAAUAUGGAAGUUAAUAAGAUUUCACAGUUCUCAUUAAUUUAGGUCUUGUUGUACACUUAAAGUCAACUGUUGAAUCAGCAGAACCAUAUAUUGUUUUAUAAGGAUUGGAAUGUAUUACUUCACUUAUGAAUUAUGGUUUAUCAUUGUAAACAUAACUAAAUGUUUCAAAUCCAAUAUUAGCCAUAUUAUAAUAAAACUAGCUUAUUAAAGCUAUCGAAGAUUUGUAAUAUCAUCCAAAUAGAGAGAUCUUUAUCCAAUCACAAAAACUAAUCAAUGAAUUUUUUAGAACUGACUGA